GGAGGUGUGCUCGUUUACUGCAGCUCCUCCUCUAUAUGAGUCAACCUGCUUCCUUCUUAUAACCCUCUCAGCAUUCUGACUGCAGCUGCCAUUUUUUCUCUGCUGACUCUUUCCUUGACACAUCACAACCACAAUGGCAUCCGGCGUGCAAGUCGACGACCAAGUGAAGGACAUCAUCAACGACAUGAAAGUGGUGAAGAGCGACGCCGACGCAAGCGAGCGCAUCAGACUGGUGGUCUUGGAGAUCAAAGAUGGUUAUAUUAAAGUGGAGCACAUCUACAAGGAAAAGGAUCUGACCGGGGAGGACGUCUUCAAGUUCUUCAUUAAUCUGAUGGACAAAGAAAAGUGCCGCUACCUGCUGUACGACUGCCACUUUGAGACCAAGGAGUCGAGCAAGAAAGAGGAGCUGGUCUUUGUCAUGUGGGCUCCCGAAACCUCACCCAUCAAGUCCAAAAUGCAGUACGCUAGCUCAAAAGACUCAAUUAAGAAGGUCUUGACAGGCAUCAAACACGAGCUGCAGAUGAACGACCUCUCAGAUUAUGGAACCAGGGACCAGUUUGCAGAGAAAAUCUGCAAGAACGUUAUCAAAGUUGAAGGCCAUCCUGUCGGCCAUUAAGUCGAGGCCUCAAAUAUUCCUCCCCGUUUCUGAAAAGCCCAAUAAUUAUGAUUAUGAUGGCUUCUGAUCCUGUUGAUUCAGUUUGUUAAAACCGGUCUUUAAUAAUAAUAAAAAUAAAACAAAGUUGAGCUCUGUUCAGUCAUAUCACUUCAGUUCCUCUAAAGGGUAAAUCUUUGUACAUGUUGGUUUAAAUUCUUACUUUCCUGUACAGUUAUUGACUGAGGUACAUUGAUGAGCUGUAAAAUCCCUUAAGGUUUACAAGCCGAGUGGCCGGGCUUAACGUUUGACCCACAUCUGCAUUUCUUAGACUAUUACACUGUGGCCGCUUGGAAGUACUGUACAUUUUUGUAUCUAAAAGAACUGAGUUCAGAGAGAAAAAAAUCAGUCAAUGCUUUGUCAAAUAAAGUAUAUGAAACUUUA